AUUGUGUGUAAUUUUUGGGAUGGUUGAUUUUUUUCUUUUUUCCCGAAAGUUCUAAAAGGGAUGUUUGACUUUGUUUUGUUCUGGGUAAGCACCCCCCUUUUUUAAUCCGUCUUAUAUUUUCUAAGUCUUUUUUUUAUCGGUUUUGUCUUUUCUAAAUUCUUUUAAAUCCGUUUUAACCUUUUUAGAGGUGUGAUUGAUGGACAAGAGAUGAACUUGGUCGACUCGUUCACUUUGUUUAUGAGUGUGACGUCACAGGAUGAUGUAACGGUGACGUCAUCAUAUCCGUUACUGAACCACCCCAUUACGCCGCACCUUACCUCUGUCUCGGUCUGCCCGCCCACGCUGAACACGCUACUAGAGGCCAUGCUAUUCGGACGAGGGUUUUGUCUGUCUGGGGAAUAUUUGCAAAAAGCGCGCACCUGUUUUGUUCAGCUGACGAACCUCCUUGACGUGGCGCCUCCUACGUCACUGGCCAGACUGGUUCAGGCAACCGCUCGUGUUUCUUGCGACAUCAGACACACGUCACAAGCGAAGAAAGAGGUAAAAGAAUACGAGAAUUCUGAAGAAGAUUCAUCAAAAACGGAAACCGCAGACGAAAAAGAAAACGAAAAAUGCGAAAGAGGCACAAAGUCGACCUCAUCUAGUGCCGUCUCUCUCUGGAUGAGGCAUCCACUGUACCCUGAGACAAUGAGCGACGAGGACAUCGUAACGCAGGCGCUUUAUGCCGUGACCUCGCCUCUCUUGAGUGAGAAGGAAGCUCUGUGGCGUCAGGAAUUCAAUAAGAUUUUCGAUCUGGAGGAUGCCGAAGAUCACCUGGGAAACCCCGAUCCUUGCGACAUCGAAGUGGCAGUCAAGGAGGUCCUCCUGGAGUGGGGCUACGGCGACGCUGACGACGCCUUCCUCAAGGGGGAGUCGAAGCUCGCCUACGAAGUGCCCGACGAAUCCGACAUCAUCAGAGCCACGCAGGAAGGGCAGCAGAUGAUCGCCGAAGACACAGUUGAUGAAAAAGAAAAGGAAAAACAACAAAUCCCGAAAGAAGAGGAGGGGAAAGAAAUGGAAGAGGAUGUAGUUGGGAAGGAAGAGGAACUUAGCAGUCACGGGGCCUCGAUCAUGAAAGCGGCAUUGCACAUGUACUCUCUGCUUAUCAUUCAUCACUGUUGCUGUAUCAUGGCGCCGUCGGGAGCCGGGAAAUCUGUCGUCUGGAAGGUGUUGGCAGAAGCUCUAAACAGACUGCGGGGGAAGAAGGCAAAGGGAGGUAAUGAGGGGUCCUUCCGGGCUGUUUCAUGGCGUGUCCUUCAGUGUGGAGCUUUUACAAGAGACCAUCUGCUGGGGAACUGGGACGAGGAGCGCAGGAUGUGGAGGAAAGGCGUCUUAUUCCAGACGCUGACGGAUCCAGGCGAGCGCUGGCUGGUCCUCGUGGGUCCCUUCUCCCAGGACAUCCUCAAGUCCGUGUCCCAUCUGUGCCACACCUCGCCCACCUUCAAGGACGAGGCGCUUAACCAGGUCAUCCUCGAGGGGGACCUCAGGAUCAUUAUCGAACAGAGCGAGGAGAAGAACCUUAUUUCUCACGCUCGAGUCAGGUGUCCGGUCCUGAAACUCCCGGCGGAGGAGAUGACGGCUUCAGGAGCAGCGGGGAGGGCCAUCAAAAGGCUCCUGAAGGUCCUCCCGCACCUGCAGGGCCAGAGGGAGAUUUCGGAGGCCAUGGCCCUCGUCGCUGAAGGACUUGUUAAUCUGGAAUUGCCGCAGACUUCGCUGAUGAGAACAGCAGGGUGUGUGUGCCGUAUGGCGGAGGCGCGGGUGACCCCUGCCACGCCCCCGGGAGAACUGCUGGAGGUGCUGCAGCAGGUCCUUGAGCUCCUGCACACCGCCAGACAUCCACAUCUCCACCAGGAUGCGAGAGAAGGCGCCUACACCCCCGCCAGGUUGGGGUCACGGAGUCCAGCGCCCUCGGAUGCCUUCCUCGAUUACGCGAACCGAGUAGUGGCCACGCCGGAGCUGCAGGCGGCGUUGACGCUUCUGCCGCAGCUGCUUGACGUCACGUGUCCUAUUCUGCUUUAUUCCGAGCCGGGCAAUGGUCUGACCACGUUCCUCGACAUUUUCGAACGUCAUCGCGCACCGGCAACACGAGUGAUUCGCUUCCGCUGCACGCCGCUCUCGACGGCCCAGGAACUCUUCUCGUGCAUGAUUGGCGAUCUCCUCCCGUCUACUCCGCCAGCUGACCAAUCAGCGUCCUCUACCGGCAACGAUGAGGAAAGUCCGAUUCAUGAUUGUCUGGAUUCCAGCAUGGCACAGAGAGACUCACUCGAUAACAUUCCGAUUCUCGCUCCGGGUGACGAAGGGUUUUCUCUCUUGAUCCUGGAAGAUGUUCAUCUGCAGCUGGAUGCUGGCGGUACACUGGGAACCAUCUGGGAAAUAUUCAGACACAUGGUGGAAUAUGGCGAGGUCGUGUGUCCUUCUUCAGGAACAAGGUAUCGCUUGCAGAGGGUAGUACCCCUCCUGGCGCUCUCCUGCCAUGCCCUUCCCGACCAGCACGUGCCCGCGAGGAUCCUCAGGCACUGCGUGGUCAUGGGCGUCCCUUGCAUUUCGUCGCGGUCUUGUGAACACGUUGUUAAGGUAUCGCUGCAGGACGUGUUAGCUGAGCUGGACGAGGAAAAUUUCCAGCCGGACGCUACCAGGGACGUUGUCGUCGAGCUGUACCAAGGCCUCGGCGCGUCGUCACGACCUCAGACGGGUUCGCGACCACGAACCGCGUCGAGAACCCGGGCUUCCUCUCGACCGCAAACAGCCUCGCGUUCACGCCCCUCAUCCAGACCCCAAACGGCCUCGCGGUCUCGGGCUUCGUCGAGGCCACGGACCGCUUCGAGACCCCAGACAGCCUCCCGUCCGGCCACGGCAGAGCCCCCGGACGAGGCGACGGAAGGCCCUCUCAGCGGCCCGGCCUCUGACAAGGGCUCGGCCAAGAACUCGUUCGACUUGCCCGACCUGGACACAAGCUCGAGCAACGGCGGCCGCCUGGACACAGGCAGGAAGAGCCGCAGCGCCAGUCCUCGCAACACCCUCCCGAACCUACAUCACCUCCUGCAGCUGACGGAGGCGCUGCGGAAGAACGCUCGUCUCCUGCAGAUGACACUAGGACAAUCAGCGUCCCUCAUCGCCUUUGAAGCUCGCAGGAUCUUUUCCUCUGUCGUCGAAAGCGAAGAAGAACUCUCCGACCGGGUCUUCAAGAUCGUCAAGAACAAAUUCGAAGAGCUGGAGGAGGGCCUGGCGUGGUGGCCGGGGCAGACGGAGGAAGGCAAGAAGAUGAUGACACACGCGAAAGACUACAACGAGUUCGUAAAAAAUAUCCAGUACCCCGACGGCCUGCAGCAGAUCAUGUUCACACAAGCCCAUUUUAUGGCUUUGCUCAAACUCGUGAUCACGAUGGAGACCUUCUGGAGCCACGCCGUUGUAGUCGGGCCGCCUGGGGUGGGCAAACUGUCACUGGUCAAGCUAGCUGCCCAUUAUACUAGGGCAAGAGUCUACCACCUCGAUGACUACCGCGACGAAGCCAGUCGGUGGAGCGAGACCCUCUUGGGGCGGCUAAGGUUACGAGGUCUUCUAGAAGCUAUCAGGCUCAAGGGGAAGGAGGUCCCUCGCGAGAACAAGUGGAUGACCUACCUGGAGGAGGACGAAGUGACUUCCCUUCGUCACCGCCUCAUCACCAACGUCAAGCGAAACCUCCACGUCUGCCUGGUCUCGCACAGCCGCCACACCACAGACAGCUGGUGCGAGCGAUACCCUGCCCUCCGGAGCCGCUGGUCCUGGGUGAGGCUCGACAGAUGGGACUCCGACACCCUCCGUCAGGUAGCCAGAAGGAUCCUGGGGCCUUACGACAUCCCUCCGCAUAUCCUGCACCAGAUGCAAGCCGCUCUGCCGAUUAAUCUCGGAGUGAUUGUUAGAAAAGUAGAAUUAUGGAUGCUCGCCAGGGAAAAGGGUGUUACGGUGACGGUGUCUGACUACGUGGAGGCCUGUCGCGUGACGGUGACGCUGCUGGCGAGGCGGCGAACGGAGCUCAGGGAUUCGCUUUCUCUCUUUAAAGGGGGCAUGGAUAAACUUCAAGAAACUGGAGUGAACGUCGAGGAACUGAAAGGCGAACUGAACGAACUGGAACCCGAACUGAAAGCGACGCAGGACGAGGGGAACAGGCUCACGCAGGCUCUGGCUCAGCACCGGAAUCAAGUGGCUCAGCUGAGGGACCAGAUGGUGGCUCAGGAGGAGAGGGUGAAGGAGAAGAACGACAGCGUGGCUGCCAUGAACGACGAGAUCACGCAGGAGGUCGGGGAGGCAAUGCCGGCGUUAGAAGCCACGGAGAAAGCAGUCAAGGCCCUGGACAAGAAGGACUUGGUGGAGGUGCGAGUUCUCAACAAGCCCCCCGACCUCGUGCUGGCUGUCAUGGAACCCAUCUGCAUUCUUCUGAACGUCAAGUAAGAGGAGCUAAGAGUUCGAAAG